CUCCUUCUCACCAACACAAAACAAAGCCUAUUCUUUCUCUCCACAACAAAAACAAAACAACAAGACCAUCGAUGUUCAGAGCCGCCCUCAUGCCCCAUAAACACCCAAAAUGCAACAACACACCAAAUCAAAGCGUUCUUUGAGUCCGAUGACUCGGGUCUCACCUCGUAAGAGACUCAACUAUGAUGCAGACGCUCGCAAGAUGCCGAGUCCCACGAGCUAUGAUGAAGAUGUUCAGCUCAGCUUCCUGAAGAUCGAUGAAGAAGAUGAUGACGAAGUUCCUUGUACUAACAGCAUGGAAGAGUUGAUGAAGUUGGAAAAGGAGCGAUAUCCUGGUGCCAGUAGCUGGGCUCCUGCUGAAGAGCGACUCUUUGAGAUAUUGUACAUGCGACAGGAUCUACCCAUGCUUCCUACAACCUGGGAUGUCGAUCUACGAGGAGUGCCCAUCUCAGAUAUCGUCUUCCAGACUUCGGAUGAUUUUCCUCCUAUAAUCUAUGCUCACUCAAAGGACUUUCGAGCAACAACCGCCCUUAUUCGUCUCAUGGACCUCACAGCAAAGACAAGGACGAGCAUUCAGAGUGGCCUUCGGAGAAAGGUGCCGCAGCUCAUCAAACGAGAACUCGACAAGUAUCUGAGCUGGGCAGCACAGGACGGCGAUUACCUGCAUUUGCGCAUUGUUCCGAAUAUCCUGACCGAAGUGGUAGAUACGACAAUGCCAGAAAAUGAGAUCACUGAGCACAUCCAGAACCGUAUGAGAGCUCUCGCAAAGCUUCAGCGCGAGUUUCUCCGAGAGGAUAGAAGCCCUCACUUCUGGGAUGUUAUCAAACCCAGUGUAUUCGCGUCCCCGAAAAUCAAACUUGAGCCGGAGGAUGGGCUGACAUCGUUUGAGGGGUGGCUAACGCCUGCUAAGAGCCGACUUGGCUCACAUCCUCGAGUUGGAAACAUAUUUCCAACCACCGAAACCCAUGAAGUCGCUGUCAAGAUCGAACCUGGACUUAAGAGCCCCGGCAUCUCGGCAAGAGUACUCCCCAAGACAACGACGCUUUCGAGGAAAUCAUACCCUUCACAGUCCCCAUCGCCCUCUCUACCCGAAGAACCUCAGACUCCUCCUCGACACACCUACCGUCGCCACCCUUCUGUGGUAUACGGUCUCUUCAUUCUCAACACCUCGGUUCUUGUUCUCACAGCCGAUUCCUCCAAAGGAUCCGAUGCAUAUGUCAGUUUCCAGGUCCAAGUCGAUUUCCAAGAUGAACAUCAGGGGAUCUGGAAUGCUCUAACCAUCGCUAUUGCGGUGUGCCUUGCUCGUGAUGAGUUACGGACUCGUGCAUCCGACUUUGAGGAGCUGCCUUGCGUGGAGGAUAGUGAUCCGGAUGCUUGAUUUGAAAGAUAUUUGAACGAUUAUUAUGAUUAUUGUGAGGAAAGGAAUACCAGAGUUCAUGUUUCACUACUGUUUGUUGCUAGUGCGCUUUGAAGUUGUGUUUUAUACCCCCGAUUUUACAAAGGAGUGUUGACUCGGAGUUUCGUUGUUGUUAUCAAGAGGUUUUCAUGUACUAAUUAUCAAGUCCUCAGCGCCAUCUUCCCUAUCGGAGAAUUUCUUGAGUCGUUGAACCAGUCAUUAAGCACUGUGCC